GUCUCUGGACGUUCCUGUGGUUCAUUGGCUUUUGUUUCUUGACCAACCAGUGGGCCUGGACGCAGGCCGAGGAUGUGCAUGUUGGGGCUGACUCGGCCCGUGCCGCCAUCACCUUCAGCUUCUUCUCCAUCUUCUCCUGGGGGCGGAAAGCCGGCCUCCUGAUCGCCUUCGCUUACAAGAGGUACAAAAUGGGGGUGGAGGACUUUGCUCACAGCUACGUUGAUCCUGCCCCAGAGGUUUCAACUCCCUACUCCAGCUACCCC